CCUAAGCCUGGUUACGACAAUAUGGGCACUCCCAUUUGUUACCACCACCUUUAAAACUUAAAUUCAAAAAAAUAUAAAAAACAAAAUGAAGGCAAACCGACAGCUUAAAGAAGCCAUUGAUGCAUUCUUAGUUCGUGGUUGCACUGCAACAGAACCAUACACUCGGCUAUUACUCGAGUGCAUUCGAGCUAACGACGUUGACCAAGCAAAGAGAUUGCAGUCUCAUGUAGAGAUUCAAUCAGUUGAACCAAACAGUACUUACAUUCAAAAUCGUCUACUUCACCUUUAUGUGAAAUUUGGCAGAACCAAUGAUGCGGUUAUAUUGUUUGAGAAAAUGCCUUCUAAAGAUGUGUUCUCAUGGAAUGUAAUGCUUUCAGCGUACUCGAAAAUGGGUGAGACUGGGAACUUACGGGCAACUUUUGAUAAAAUGCCGGCUCGUGAUUCUAUUUCGUAUAAUACGACGAUUGCGGGUUUUGUUGGAAGUGGGUGUUCUGUUGAUGGUUUGGGUUUGUUUAUUAGGAUGCAGAGAGAAGGAUUCGAGCUGACGGAGUAUGCGUAUGUGAGUGCUUUGAAUGCUUGUUCAAAAUUACUGGAUGUAAGGCGUGGGAAGCAAAUUCAUGGAAGAAUUGUUACUAGUAGUUGUAAAGGAAAUGUUUUUGUGGCGAGUGCGUUGAUGGAUAUGUACGUGAAGUGUGGUCAAGUCGAUCAAACGAGGUGGUUGUUUGAUCGGUUGAGUGAGAAAAAUGUUGUAUUGUGGAAUUCAAUGAUUUCGGGGCACUUGAAAAAUGGGUGUCCUGAGAAAUGCCUGGAUUUGUUUCUUAAAAUGAAAGUGGCAGGAGUGAAGCCGGAUUUGGUUACGGUUUCUAGUGUUCUUGGAGCUAAUUUUAAGAGCGGGUUCAUAGAUGAGGCUACUAGGAUUUUUAAGGAGAUAAAAGAGAAAGAUGGGGUGUGUUGGACGACAAUGAUAGUUGGUUAUGCGCAGAACAACAGAGAAGAAGACGCUUGGAUGUUGUUCAGUGAGAUGUUAUUAGAGAAUGUGAAACCAGACAAGUAUACAAUCUCAAGUGUGGUUAAUGUUUGUGCUAGAUUAGCUUCUUUAGUUCAUGCGAAGGUAAUUCACUGUAAAGCAAUUCCUAGUGGAAUCGAGAGUGAUUUGCUUGUAUCAAGUGCCCUCAUCGAUAUGUACUCGAAAUGUGGAGAAACUUUGGAUGCUCGGAAGGUAUUCCACGUGAUGACAAUUAGGAAUGUGGUGACUUGGAAUGCCAUGAUUACGGGAUAUGCACAAAAUGGGGAGGAUCAGGAGGCUUUAGAGCUUUAUCAAAACAUGUUACAAGAAAAGCUGAAACCAGACAAUAUUACCUUAGUUGGGGUUCUUUCUGCUUGUAGCCGCAGCGGAUCAGUUGAACUGGGUAAGAAAUAUUUCAGUUCCAUAAGUGAGUUACAUGGACUGAAACCCACCUUAGAUCACUAUUCAUGUAUGAUUAAUCUCCUGGGACGUCCAGGAAGAAUGGAUGAGGUGGUAGCUUUAAUCAAUAGCUUGCCCGAAGAACCCAAUUACUUAAUCUGGUCUACCCUUUUAUCUGUUGCAAGAGUAAAUGGUGACAUCGAACGAGCAGAAAUGGCAGCAAAGCAUCUUUCUGAAUUAGACCCACUGGAAACGGGACCUUAUAUAAUAUUAUCUAACAUGUAUGCUUCUGCUGGAAGAUGGGAAAAAGUAGCAUUGAUGAGGUCUCUCAUGAAAGAUAAGAAGAUUCAAAAGGCUCCAGCGUAUAGUUGGAUUGAGAUCGAUUAUAAGGUUCACAAGUUUGUGUCUGACGGUCGAACUCAUUCACAAAAUGAGAUAAUCUACCGUAAGCUCGAUAGUUUGAUGAAGGAGAUACAGAAAGCUGGUUAUGUUCCUGACCCACAUUUGGCUUUGCAUGAUGUUGGGGAGGACGAGAAAGUUGAGUCUAUCAGUUACCACAGUGAAAAGCUUGCUCUUGCAUAUGGGUUGAUUAGCAAGCCUCAUGAUCGGAUGCCUAUUCGAAUCUUAAAGAACUUGCGGGUUUGUAAGGACUGUCACAUGUUUAUGAAGUUCGUGUCAAAACUUUUAGAACGGCGCAUUAUUUUGAGAGAUUCAAACCUGUUCCAUCAUUUUGUUGACGGUGAAUGCUCAUGUAAGGAUUACUGGUGAGUGGUGAAGGACCUAUAUGCUUGUUCAAGGGACAGGUUAUACCAGGGCUUGGUGACAUUAAGGCUCGGCAUCUCAACUUUUGAAGGAUGAACUACCUAGUUCGUCCAGUAAGAUUCUGGCAUGAAUUUUCUCAGCACCUUUGAUCGGAGUUACAAGGUAGCUGUGCAUCCUCAGAUAUGGCAUAUGCCUCUUACUAGCUUUUGUCUGCAUUACAACUCAUUGUCGUGUUCAUCUUUCCCCUGUUGUUGUUUUGGAUAAUUUUGCAAAAGAGGUCAGGAUGGAGCUACAAGUUCAGGGGCCAUUAGUACCUCGCAGAGAUACAAAUGAAUCUUCAUUUAAACACUGCUUGGACCUUAAUUGGAGUACUUGUAUACUUUUGUUAAGAGAAAACAGACUGCACUAUAAUAUGGACAGGUCAAGCAUAUCGGCCCUGCAGAUUUAAGGCAAGAAUAUGAAAGUGGUGUUUGAAAGGGGCUAUAGAAUGAAGGGUGAGAUGUGGAAAGAACCAGGUAUAUGAUCUGCAGGUUUUUAAGUGUCUUAAGCUUGAUACCAGGAAUGUCAGUGGUAUGCUGCAGAGGAGGAUACAUAGUAUUCUGUUGUAAUGAAGCAGCAAUUAGUAAUCCAGGAUGUGCAGGUUUUGGUGUAAUUGGUAGAACUCACUCAUGUCAGGUGUUGGGAACAAUUUCAGGUGUUAGGAGUAGCCACAAAGUGGCAGAGGUGAUGGCUAUUGAAUGGGCAGUCAGGUCGGGGCUGUCAAGAUUAAUUAUCAAGUCGGAUUCAAAAGCUGCAGUUUGUGAUUUCAGAAAGGGAACUGUCCAUGGUGUAUAUAUGCUGGAUGUAAUACUUCUAGAGUAAAUUUGGAGGAUAUGAUUUUGAGAAUUGUCACUCAAUUUGUCUACAAAUUCUCUGGCGAAAUCUGGUUUAAGGCUGGAGAGAAAGUUGUGAAUAUGGGAAAUUCUGGUUCUCUGGUGCAGGUUGAAUUACUGGAUACAGUUUAGUACAGAUUCUAUAGCUAGUAAUUGCUCUGGUUAUUCAUUUUUGUUUCUGUUUUA